AUGGCCAAAGAAGGAAUGUCCGUCGAUUAUGAAAACGACGAUGAUUAUUUUGAAUAUAGUAAGAACAGGUUCAAGACAGCGAUUACGCGAAUAGACAGCGCCCAACCUAGUGAAGGGURGUUGGACCCUGCUCAGUCACUGAAUCAUGUAAGCACGAUACAUGAAGAAGGAGACGUACACGUGCAUGAGGAUGGAGGAACCUCUACUGAUGAAGAUUCGAGGACUCACUUGCUGUUUUCGACAGAAACUCGACGCAAGUUAGAGAAUAGACAUGUUCAAUUUAUUGCUAUUUCUGGUGUCAUUGGUACGGCGCUAUUUGUAGCCAUCGGGAAAGCUUUAUACCGUGGAGGUCCUGCCUCUUUAUUACUGGCGUUUGCUCUCUGGUGUGUUCCUAUACUUUGCAUUACAGUGUCCACGGCAGAAAUGGUCUGCUUCUUUCCUGUGAGUUCUCCCUUUUUGAGGCUGGCUACGAAAUGCGGGGACGAAUCGUUGGCUGUCAUGGCUAGUUGGAAUUUUUGGUUUCUAGAGUGCGUACAGAUUCCAUUUGAAAUUGUUUCUGUUAAUACGAUUAUACAUUAUUGGAGAGACGACUAUUCUGCUGGUAUCCCUCUUGCCGUUCAAGUCGUAUUAUACUUACUUAUUUCUAUAUGUGCGGUCAAAUAUUACGGUGAAAUGGAAUUUUGGUUAGCUUCAUUCAAAAUCAUUCUCGCUCUUGGUUUAUUUGUGUUUACGUUUGUUACUAUGUUGGGUGGUAAUCCUAAACAUGAUCGUUAUGGGUUCCGUUAUUAUGGUGAAAAUCCAUUUAAACAAUAUUUCCCCGAUGGUAAAGAUGUGGGGAAAUCAUCGGGUUAUUUCCAAGGGUUUUUGGCUUGUUUGAUACAAGCAUCGUUUACCAUAGCAGGUGGUGAGUAUAUUUCCAUGUUAGCUGGAGAAGUUAAACGACCAAGAAAGGUUUUACCAAAGGCAUUCAAACAAGUGUUCGUGAGACUAACUUUUCUAUUCUUGGGCAGUUGUCUUUGCGUUGGUAUUGUUUGUUCACCAAAUGAUCCCGAUUUAACGGCAGCAAUCAAUGAAGCAAGACCUGGUGCUGGUUCUUCACCUUAUGUCAUUGCGAUGAAUAACAUGAGAAUUAGAAUUUUACCUGAUAUUGUCAAUAUUGCGUUGAUAACAGCAGCAUUUUCUGCCGGUAACGCUUACACUUACUGUUCAUCUAGAACGUUCUACGGUAUGGCAUUAGACGGUUAUGCACCAAAGAUUUUUACUAGAUGUAACAAGCAUGGUGUACCCAUUUACGCUGUCGGUAUAUCUUUAAUAUGGGCUCUAGUGAGUCUUUUACAACUGAACUCUAAUAGUGCUGUUGUGUUGAACUGGUUGAUUAAUUUGAUUACCGCAUCUCAGUUAAUUAAUUUUGUGGUGCUUUGUAUCAUUUACUUAUUUUUCAGAAGAACAUACAACAUCCAACAAGAUUCAUUGCCCAAAUUGCCUUUUCGUUCAUGGGGUCAACCGUACACUGCUAUCAUUGGACUGGUUUCAUGCUUGGCAAUGAUUAUGAUUCAGGGCUAUACCGUCUUCUUUCCUAAAUUGUGGAACUCGCAAGAUUUUUUGUUUUCAUAUCUAAUGGUGUUCAUUGAUAUUGGUAUUUAUGUGGGUUAUAAAUUUAUUUGGAAGCGUGGUAAAGAUAAAAUCAAGGAUCCCUAUAAGAUUGAUUUUUCCAAAGAGUUGAUCGAAAUUGAAAACCAUGAAAUUCAAUAUUCUUUCGAAAAAUUUCAGUAUUAUACUAAAGCAUAA